CAAAAAUUGUUUUCUCUGCGAGAUUUAUUACAAGAUCUAUGUAUUCUCUUUCGAGGACAUGUGACUAGUCUCGGCACGCUUGAUGAAUGUCUUUGUUUGUUGUUUUCUUAGUGUACACAGUUUGUAGACAACUACAGAUUUUGUUCUAUGAGAGCGUGCCGUAACUUGUAUAUUUACAUACUUGGACUCGACAGUCCGGCUCGAUAGUCUCGUGAUCUGAGUGUAAGAUUCUGCGAUCAAGGAGGUUCCGCGAGUUUGAAUCCAUACCUUAAGAAUUUCUUUGAGCUAGUCCGUUUCAAUUGAAUUGAUCGAUUUAAAAGCGAACUGAAUUGGGCCUCUAUAGUCCGUUAAAAAAAAAAGAUAGAUUUGCUUCUAUAACGUUCAAAAGGAAAGCCCAGUUGUUUCUAACACUUUUCGUGGUGCUAUAUAAAUUAGAAAUAGCCAAAAAGUCGAAAUGGUGGGCUAGGAAUAGUGGGCUUUCCUUUUGAACGUUAUAAAGGCAAAAUCUCUGCAUUGAAUUCAGCAAUAUUUUCCUUAAUAAAAUUACCGCUGUAAACAUCGUGGAAAAGAACCAUAGGCGUGCGCGCACACAUGUGCAUCGACAAGCCGUUGGUGGACGUGUCUACGUAGUUGCUAAUGCGCAUCACAAUGCGGACAUAGCGCUAGCGAACAGGGCGGUCGCAGUUAAAAUGCGGCUGGAGCCGCUCUCGGCUUCUGUAUGGUUAACAUGGAGCAAGGAGAAAUACGAGGCAGUGUUUCAUUCCUUCAACGACAACAUCUUGGAGAGAUCUUUUCAAAAACAAUUAUGCCAGCAUGUACCUAUAGACGUAGUUUAUACGUGGGUGAAUGGUUCGGAUCCGGUGUUUCUGGAAAGUCUUCAAAAGCACGUGUCUAUUAUGGAUCUUGGUGUAACGGCCUCGAGAUUCAGCGACAAGGAUGAAUUGCGCUAUUCAUUACGUUCGCUGGAAAUGUAUGCACCCUGGGUGAGGCAUGUCUACAUCGUCACCAAUGGCCAGAUACCAAGUUGGCUCGAUAUGGAUAAUCCACGAGUCACACUGGUUACUCACGAAGAUAUUUUUCUGAAUAAAAGUGAUUUACCAACUUUUUCUAGUCCCGCUAUUGAAAGUCAUAUUCAUAGAAUACCUGGAAUCUCUGACAAAUUUUUGUACUUUAAUGACGACGUCAUGUUGGGUGCCGAGAUAUGGCCAGAAGACUUUCUGACUCAGGCAAAUGGGCAAAAAGUAUAUCUGGCGUGGUGGGUGCCGGAUUGUUCUGAACUUUGCCCUUGGUCUUGGAUUGGAGAUGGAUCCUGUGAUCAUGCUUGCAAUACAACAUUGUGCGAAUUUGAUGGUGGAGACUGUCAAACGACCAGUAUUCCUGUUGACAGCGAGAUGAUGGUAGAGUCAGCUGAUUACAAAUAUAUACAAGAAUCUCAUGAAGAUAAUAAUAAUAAUAAUAUUAAUAAUAAUAAUAACAGACUGCUAGAUAUUUUAGCCAAUAACAAUGGCACUUAUUUGUCACAGAACAAUGUGCUAUCGUCCACACUUCGGACGUUAAGUUCCUACAAACUCGGUACAUUUAAGUCAAACUACAGGUUUCACAACAGAAGCGUACUUGCGGAGCCUGUGCAAAACGAGACAUAUGCAAAACUUGACGUUAAAGAGCAUUAUAAGUCCACGCUAAAUAAUCUGGAGUCCAAAGUUUUACACAACAAUGCCUCAAACAAAACUUCAAAUCACGUUGAACAGCUCAAACGCUACUACGAUCUUCUAAAUUUGGCUCGAUCCAACAAUUCCCUCAAACACGGGAAAUUGAUGUAUUCCAAUCAGUGGAAACACAAUUCGCGCGGACUCGACACUUAUGCGGAAUCUUUGUUAUACGUUAACAAGAUAUACAACGCCGCGUACGGGCUCGAACGAAGAAGAGUGCCGGCGCACAUGCCGCACCUGAUAGACAAAUGGAUUGUAAAUAAUAUGCAUCAGAAGUUCGAGCACGAAUUUCGAAAAACGUCUAGUCACAAAGUGAGAGAUCCCGAGGACAUGCAGUUCGCGUUUUCUUAUUUCUACUUUUUGUCCAGCGAAAAACGAAAAGUACCGGUUGACGAGAUAUUCGACAUGUUCGACACCGACAAAUCACGAACUUGGUCGGAUAGAGAAAUAAGAACGCUAUUGUCCCGAUUAUACCCGUUGCCGCUCGAUUACGAUCUAGUCAUGGAGUUUGAAAGCGCGAUAACCAACUGUUCGCAUCGCAUGAAUUUGCCAAAAUUUAUCGACGUUCCGCCUGGCGAAAGAUAUUUAGAUUCUACACUGCCGGUAGUUUCGAAGGAACUGAUCGUAAACUGCGGAUCGAUUUCUCGAAGGAUGCGGUCGAAAUUCGGCGAAAGCAGCCGAUACCCGCACGAAAUAAUAAAAGCUGGCAAAAAUGAGAUUUUCGAGAUGUUGACCAGCAACGUUUCUCUCACGGUACAGCUGCUCGAUGAAAUUCGAAAAGAUCCCAAAAAAUUCAUUUGUUUGAACGACGACAUGGAUCCGAGUCGACGUUCCGAGAACGAAAUCGUUCGCGCUUUGCUGGACGACUUCUAUCGUUCGCUCUAUCCAUUACGAAGCACAUUCGAAUUACCCGCCCAGUAUCGCAACCGUUUCUUUCACAGACACGAACUUUUCGAAUGGAGAGCCCGCCGUGCGAAAGCCAGAAAUUUGUUACUGUGUCUGCUGACGUUACUUCUCGUUCUCACGUUCUAUCGCGUGUUUUGCCAUUACAUGCGCAGACUGUGCAGAAUCCGGGAGUUGCCCGCAUUUUUUGUGUGAAAAAGUACAUAUAUAUAUAUAUAUAAAUAAUAAAAUUUUUGUACAAAGC